AUGUUGACUCAACGUGCUGGCAAUGGAUCAUGGACACCUCUCGCCCGCCAGCUUGAGUCAUGUCAACCAUUCAAUGAACACUACAAUGAGUCAAAAUCGACAAAAACUGUGAUGGCUUCCACUGUCACUCUUCUGCUGGACCUGGCCAAGUCUACCGACCAAAAGCAUCUCGAGCUUCUGGACGGAUCUGGAAACACACCGGUGCAUGUAGCAGUCAAAAAGGGCUUCACGCAUAUUCUCAAGCUCAUGAUUGAUCGUCGGCCAGAUCUUCUCUACCAUGAGAAUGCUACAGGCAGCACCCCACUUGAGAUGGCCAUAGAUGCAUGGAUCAAUAACACGACUCGCAAUCCUCCCAAAGAGCCUCUCAGGACAACAACAACAACAACAACAACAACAGCAACAGCAACACCUGGAGCACAAAUUGGGACCCCGCAACCAUAG